GUUCUAAGCGUGCACACAAAUAAGUAUUAAUUACAUAAGAAAGCGUGUCUGCCUAAUAGAGUCAGGAGGAUAUUGGAGUACUUAAAAGGCGUGCAUAACUCGUUUUGUUUCUGUUUUCUCCCAAACCUGCCGUCUCCUACCUCUGUCAGAGGCCUGAACCUGGGGAGAUUUAGAGGGUCUUUCAAAGAAAAGGAAUGCAAGAUUAUCUUAUUUUUGCAAAUUUUACAAAAGCACAAGACCAGGGGACACAUUGCUAGGGUCCAGGGCCUGGGAAGUGGCCACACAAAUGGGCCCUUGAAGCUGGUGUUUCAUUAGGUUCACUGUAUUUUUCUUUUCUAAGAUUCUAUUUAUUUAUUUUGAGAGAGAGCACAGGUGGGGCACAGAGGGGGAGAGAGAGAGAGACAGAAUCUCAAGCAGACUUCCUUCAGAGCGUGGAGCCCAACUGAGGGCUCUAUCUCACCACCCUGAGAUCAUGACUUGAGCUGAAAUCAAGAGUUGGAGGCUUAACCAACUGAGCCACCCAGGGAUCCUUCAAUAGCUUCACUAUCAAUCCCCCUGGGCACCAAGUUGUACUAAAUUGUUUUUCUACAGAUGUCUGUCCCCCUCCCUCAGUCAUUCCCUAUGCCAUGUACCCUAUUUUAUAUAUACAAAGAAUAUUUCAUAUUUAAGAACAAAUAAACAUGUAUCCUCCAUCAGAUGGAGAGCUCCAGGUCAAAGGCUCUUGAUAAUAGCUUCUUGUUGUUUGUUGCCUGGUAAAUGCUAGGCACUAAGGUAGACUACUUACAUAAGUAAACUAAUGAUCACAACUCUAGAAGAUACUUAAUGAAAAACCCCAGAUUAUCUUUGAACCAAGCAUUAGGAAGGUUAAAAUAUGGUAAAUUGAAGACUAAGAUUUGAAUUAAUUUGGAGUUUGAUUUCAUAAUCCAUGGUUCUUCUCUUAAUCAAAAACAUAAAGUGCAAAGUCUGACAUUGUAGGAGCUCAGUAGAUGCUGAACAAGGUGCAAAUGUGCACAGACGAAUGCCCUUUCAUAAGAUGGGCAACUGUGGGGGGGGGUCUUCUACCAACACUGUUGGGUGCUACUCCAAGACAAAUUGAUAAUUAAGUUGAAUAGCAGGUAGAGAAAUUAUCAUCACAAGAGUAUCAUGUGACUUUAAAAUUUCAUAGCUGAUUUCAGAGAAAUCUUUGGAAAACUUAGGUGAAUUAGACACACAAGGAAAUUCACUGAAUGUUGUUAGGCUAGAAGGAGCCCUAGAUCUAGCUCUACUACACACUAAUACUGUGAAUUAAAUAAGUGUCAGUUUUGUAAAAUGAGAUUUUUGUAGACUAAGUGCUCCUAAGGGCACUUAACAGCUCUAAGAUGUUCUGAGUCCGUUGCAGCAAAAUACCACUUUCUUAAAAUACCAUAUCUUAAAGCAACAAUAUUUUAUGCUAAGAGGAAAUAAUUCUAACUUGUUCCCCCCAUCCUCAUGGAUAAUUUCUCAAUUCUCCAUGAAAGAAGACAAACCAUAACAAAACAUUGGUAGAAAUCAACAGUUCCUGGAAUAUGUGAACUGAGUUUGUUUUCAUCUCAGUAUUGAAUGCCUAGCACAAUUACUGUAUUGUUGCUGAAUAAAGAUUUGCCAAAUUAUUUUAUUUUGAAUCCUUGAACGGACACUAAAAGAGUUCAGAGUUGAUUUCUGGGCAUGCAACUCUUUAUGUCUGUAUUAAGAAUUAUAUAUUAUGUAUUUUUGUGAAUUAUGUAUUAUUUCUGUAUUAAGAGACAAUUCACAUCAAAGUUGUACCAUCGUGAGAAACAAAUAGGAAAGGACAGUCUUAGGCAGUUUUGCAAAAGCCUAUUUUUCCAUUUAAAGGAAACAGCAGACACUUGGGAGGGAAGAUGCCCUUUUCAAUCCUGGGCAUUUUCACAACCAACCAGUGAGAUGAGUGUUGGUACCACUGUUUACAGACACAAAACAGAACUCUAUGAGGCUGUCACUUGCUAGUGAGCAGGCCUAGCGGAGAGAAGACGAGUUUCAUGGUCCAAGUAAGGAGCUAGUACAGAAUGUGCUCUCGGUUCUCACUCAGAGACGAAAUCCACUCUCAUGGGUCAACCACUUGCAAAGAGCACCUGCUGCCUUGGGAGGCUAAUGGGAAUUGUGUCUGUAGUCACACUGUUACAAGGGCUCCCAGGAGUCCUCCGCAGCCUUGCAAGACGCGCCAGAGCCCAUCCAGAGCGUCACUGCGCCUGCGCACAUUAUCCCUAUGACGUCACGGCCUGGAGCUGCGACGGCGUACGCGCUCGUCAUCUUCAUGAUGUCAGGGCCUCCUUGGCCUUCAGUGGCGGUUGUGUCUGCGCCCGGUGCAGCUGGCGGAACAGCUCCUUGGGCAGCGGCUUCCGGUUUGGUGACCGCAUCUGGGGCUCCGCUUCUGAUAGGACAUUUGUGCGGCGGCGCGGCUGGGGCGGGGCCUCGGAGUCCACGGGGCGAGCCGGAGGGCAAGUCCGGGCAGGCAGAGGCAGAGCCUGGGUGACCAAAACGGGAGGGGGCCGUCCCGCGUCUUCUCAAUCCAGCAAAUGCUGAUGGUCUUCAAAGUUUGUUUUUCUUGUUUCGGGACAAAAAGUCUUUCAGUCCCUCCGCCCCUCCCUGCGUCACAGGUGCAGGGCUCGGGCCACCUUGGCGACCUCGCUACGUUAGGAGUCGGGCCUUCCGUUUGGGGUUCUUGAUCUAGACCCCCACCCUUGGACUCGGGGGCGCGAGGAUUGGAGUUCGCCUGCGUCUGCCUCCCGGGGACCAUGUUGGCUGCUGUGAUGCUGUGGUUGCAGACGUUCUGAUUCCAGGGACCCCCUUCUCCCCAAGCCGGUGGGGACCCUCGGGCUCAGAGAGUUAACCAGAAGGUUCACCACCAUCUCCAUGGCGGCCUCACACACUUCGCCGACUGUCGCAUCUCGCGUUCCUUUUGCAGACUUGUGUUCGACUUUAGAACGCAUACAGAGAAGUAGAGAGCGUGCAGCAAAAAUCAGACACUUCAGGGAGUUUUUAGAUUCUUGGAGACGAUUUCAUGAUGCCCUUCAUAAGAACCAAAGAGAUGUCAGCGACUCCUUUUAUCCAGCGAUGAGACUCAUUCUCCCUCAGCUAGAGAGAGAGAGAAUGGCCUACGGAAUCAAAGAAACUAUGCUUGCUAAACUUUAUAUUGAGUUGCUUAAUUUACCUAGAGGAGGAAAAGACGCCCUUAAACUUUUAAAUUACAGAACACCCACUGGAACUCGUGCGGAUGCCGGAGACUUUGCAACAAUUGCGUAUUUUGUGUUGAAACCAAGAUGUUUGCAGAAGGGAAGUUUAACCAUACAACAGGUAAAUGACAUUUUAGACUCAAUUGCCAGCAAUAAUUCUGCCAGAAGAAAGGACCUGAUAAAGAAGAGUCUUCUUCAGCUAAUAAGUCAGAGUUCAGCCCUGGAACAAAAGUGGCUUAUACGGAUGAUUGUAAAGGACUUAAAACUUGGUUUCAGCGAACAGUCUGUAUUUUCUGUUUUCCAUAAUGAUGCUGCUGAGUUGCAUAAUGUCACCACUGAUCUGGAAAAAGUCUGUAGGCAACUGCAUGAUCCUUCCAUAGGCCUCAGUGAUAUUUCUAUCACUUUAUUCUCUGCCUUUAAACCAAUGCUGGCUGCAAUAGCAGAUAUUGAGCGAAUCGAGAAAGACAUGAAACACCAGAGUUUCUACAUUGAAACCAAGCUAGAUGGCGAGCGUAUGCAAAUGCACAGACAGGGGGAUGUGUAUCAGUACUUCUCCCGGAAUGGAUAUAACUAUACGGAUCAGUUUGGCGACUCUCCCCGGGAAGGUUCUCUUACACCGUUCAUUCACAGUGCAUUCAAAACAGACGUACAAAUCUGUAUCCUGGAUGGCGAGAUGAUGGCCUUCAACCCUAACACACAGACUUUUAUGCAAAAGGGGAAUAAGUUUGAUAUCAAAAGAAUGGUGGAGGAUUCUGAUCUGCAGACUUGUUAUUGUGUGUUUGAUGUACUGAUGGUUAAUAAUAAAAAGCUAGGACGUGAGACCCUGAAAAAGAGGCAUGAAAUUCUUACUAGUGUUUUUACACCAAUACCAGGUAGAAUAGAAAUAGUGCAAAAAACACAAGCUCAUACUCAGAAAGAAGUGAUUGAUGCUUUGAAUGAAGCAAUAGAUAAAAGGGAAGAGGGAAUCAUGAUAAAACACCCUCUGUCUAUUUACAAGCCAGACAAAAGAGGUGAAGGAUGGCUGAAGAUUAAACCAGAGUACGUGGAUGGGCUGAUGGACGAGCUGGACAUCUUAAUUGUCGGGGGCUACUGGGGUAAAGGUUCCCGAGGGGGGAUGAUGUCUCAUUUUUUAUGUGCUGUAGCAGAAAAGCCUCCUCCUGGUGAAAAACCAUCCGUGUUUCACACUCUGUGCCGUGUUGGUUCAGGUUAUACCAUGAAGGAACUGUACGAUCUGGGUUUGAAAUUGGCCAAACAUUGGAAGCCUUUUCAUAAAAAAGCUCCACCCAGCAGCAUUUUAUGUGGCACAGAGAAGCCAGAAGUAUACAUCGAGCCUUGCCAUUCUGUCAUUGUUCAAGUGAAGGCGACAGAGAUCGUCUCCAGUGAUAUGUAUAAAGCUGGCUGCACGUUGCGUUUUCCACGGAUUGAAAGGAUAAGAGAAGACAAAGAGUGGCACGAAUGCACCACCGUGGAUGACUUAGAGCAACUUCGCGGGAAAGCGUCGGGAAAGCUUGCGUCCAAACACCUGUACGUAGGUGACGAUGAUGAGCCGCAAGAAAAGAAGCGGAAAGCUGCCCCGAAGGUGAAGAAAGUUAUUGGGAUUAUCGAGCACUUAAAAGCACCCAACCUUUCUAACGUAAACAAAGUUUGUAAUAUAUUCGAAGAUGUGGAGUUCUGUGUCAUGAGCGGAACGGGCAGCCAUCCAAAGCCUGAUCUGGAGAACAGGAUCGCAGAAUUUGGAGGUUAUAUCGUCCAAAAUCCAGGCCCAGACACAUACUGCGUGAUCGCAGGGUCUGAGAACAUCAGAGUGAAAAACAUAAUUUCUUCGAAUAAACAUGAUGUUGUCAAGCCCGAGUGGCUGCUAGAGUGUUUUAAGACCAAAAGCUGUGUGCCGUGGCAGCCUCGCUUUAUGAUUCAUAUGUGCCCAUCGACAAAGGAACAUUUUGCCCGUGAAUACGAUCAUUAUGGCGACAGUUAUUUUAUUGAUACAGAUUUGAACCAACUGAAGGAAGUGUUCUCAGGCAUUAAAAAUUCCGGCGAACAGACUCCUGGAGAAAUGGCUUCUGUGAUUGCCCAUUUAGAGUUUCGGUAUUCCUGGGACCGCUGCCCUCUCAGUAUGUUCCGACAGCACAUUAUUUAUGUGGACGUGUAUGCUGUCAUUAAUGACUUGAGCACCAAAAUCGAGGGGACGAGAUUAGCUGUCAUGGGUUUGGAACUUCGAUUUCAUGGAGCCAAGGUAGUUUCCCGUUUAGCUCAGGGAGUGUCUCACGUAAUCGUCGGGGAGGACCGGAGUCGUGUUGCAGAUUUAAAAGCUUUUCGAAGAACUCUUAAGAGAAAGUUUAAAAUCCUGCAACAAGAUUGGGUCACUGAUUCCAUAGACAAGUGUGAGUUGCAGGAGGAAAAUCGAUAUUUGGUUUAAACCUAGCUUUUCUACUGAGGAAAGCCUGUGAUCCGGUAGCCUCAUUGUAACAGAUGGUCGUGAUAAAAUAUUAAGCUACACUCUAUUUUUAUCUCUUAAAAUUAAUGCUUAAACAGUAUUAUUAGAUAUAGAAAAACAAUAAUUUUAACUUUUGAGAUAGAUAAGACACCAAAUGGACCAAAGCCAUGAAAGAAAAAAUUCUUUUAGCAGUGUAGUAUUUAAUGACUUUUAAAACCAAGAUGAAAUAAGCAGUUUAAAGAAGCGACAUUUAUAUAAUAUUCCUAGAGAAAUCAAGAAUUUUGACUCAAAUAUUAAUAAGAUACAUUCAGAAGCUUUUAGAGUCAUUAAAAACAUUGGUCUAAGUGGAUUUUCUGUGGUCAAAAUUUUAAUAGUUUUUAUCUAAUAAAAGCAUUGCAAGAAAGAAGCAGAAUUGUUACAAUCGGACUUGUAAAAAAUAGGUCUUUUAAAUUGAAGGCUAAAAUUCUUUCAAGUGUGAAAUGUAAACAAAUUUAAUUUUUAAGGUUAAGGGCAAGCUCAUGAAUGAAACCUUGUUGAUGAUGUCAUUAGGUAAAUUAGGAGAAAUAACUUAAAAUUAUAUGAAUUUAAUUAAAAGAAACUUGCAGCUUUAAAAGUACUUGGCCCAUAUUUAUUUUUUUCUGAAACAGAGCAUGUGUUAAAGAGAGUGUCUCUGUGUGAACUGUACUCCAGGAUAAAUCGUAUUCACAAAGAGUGAUUUUCCUAGAUGUAAUCCAGGGUACAUGUCAAGAUGGCAUAUGUGUUGUAACUUCCAUUACAGAGUGGUAAAUUGUUCUAUUUAAAAUGAUUUUUAUCCUUAGAUUAUUUAAAAUCAUUAUGUGUAAUAUGUAUUGUAUCUGAAUUUAUUUACCAAAUUUUAGAAUACAGUCUAUUCAUUUUGAAAAAUACACUUUCAUGACACCUUUGCAAUACUUGAAAUAUGGAACCCAAGGAAUUAUUAUUUGUAAGUAAUUUGAAAUUUUAUCAAAACAGUGUAACAAAUGUUUUAUUUCUUAAUUUAAAUAAAAUAUUUAAUAUGCUAUUAAAA